GCGACGCCGCAUUCAUAAGAGAAACGCCGGUCGGCUUACAUACUCAUGUACACAAAUAUCCACGGAAUACGCGAAACGUUAGCGACAAAGUGUUUCCAAACAAUCGUUUCGAAUAUCGCGAAAGAGAUAUUUUUCUCCAGAGAGAGCUCGACAAUCAAUUAUUUAUAUUCCGUUAUCAAGCCAAAGCAGUAUUCAUAUUUUGUUUCUUCGUACGCUUACCUACGGCUUUAAUCAUGUCUUCGGUAAUGUUCGAAUCCUUGGGAGCCAAGGUAGCCAUGUUCGACCAAUAUGCGAACAAGCACAAAGACGCACAGAGCAAAAAUCCAUUUACAUCCGGCUUGAAUAUAGAAAAGCCAAAAUUCUCCAAAGAGGAAUACGGCAGGCCAGCCGCGGGAUCUCUUUCGGACAUACGCGGUCGCAAAGCCACCGCGCAUAUUCUUCGAGAGAUUUUGGAGUUAUGCGAUAUCAUUUAUCAAAAUGGUACGCCAUGUCGCGAUCAACCCGAUAUCACCGGCAUAACGUUCGGCGAUCUCUUCAACAUUUAUACCCACAUCAGCGACAAAUGCGUUGGUCUUCUUUUAAGAGCCAGAAAACAGGGUCUCGUUAAAUUCGAGGGAGAAUGCCUUUUCCAGAGAAGGGACGAUGACGUGCCGAUAUUCCUCGUGAAGCCGAUCGCCGAGAUACGCGAGGACUUCAACGGACGUCUCAAAGAGAUCACGAAAGAGAUACCGAUCAGUUAAUGCACGACCACCCUUUACGCAUUUCUACGCGGUGCCUUUAAUCGGUGCCUUAAUCGAUAUCUUCCCCGUCGGAAAAUCUACUAAAACGUUUGUACCGUUUCACGGCGCGAUUCGCGCUAUUGUAUUUAUUGUAUCUUAUAACAUUAUUCGGGACGUGGCAAUGGAAACGCGAAUGACCAGUAUGAGAGGGAGAGAGAGAGAGAGAGAUGUGCGUGAGUGCGAUUCGAUGUAAAUAUUUCGCGGUAAAAAACUCGAUUCGUUUAAUGUGAUAUUACGCCUAAAUAGAUCAUUAGAAAUAAACGAACAAAUUUGUACUAA